CUCAUUAUAUUGCAUUCAAGAUCAAAAGAUUCCUUUUCUCUUCUCUUUCUUGUUCUUUCUCUAUAAAAAAAAAAAAUGGCCAAUGAAGAAGGAAACAGUAACAAUCCUUCAACAAACAACCUCAGAAUCAUCGUAGAAAGGAACCCUUCUCAAGCCAAGCUUUCUCUGCUCAACAUCCAGAGCUGGCCAAAGUGGGGCUGCUCGGCGGGGAAAUACCAGCUGAAGUUCGAGGCAGAAGAGACGUGCUACUUGGUGAAGGGAAAGGUGAAGGCUUAUGCCAAAGGAUCGGCUGAGACUGAAUAUACAGAAUUCGGGGCUGGUGAUUUGGUCACCAUUCCUAAAGGCCUUAGCUGCACUUGGGAUGUUUCUGUUGCUGUUGAUAAGUUCUACAAGUUUGAAUCUCCAUCUUCAUCUUAAUUUGCUAUUACUUCUUCUUCGUGUAAAUAUAUUCUUUUUAUUUUUGCCCUUAUUUUGUCGUGUGGUCGUCCUCCUCUCGAGAAUGGAGGAGAAACGAGUUAGACAAUUAACUAGUAAAAUUGUUACUCAAUUGAUA